UAAGAUUUAAUUUGUUGAAAUCCUUAAUCUGAAGAGAAGGACCACGAGGAAAGUAUUUUGGAUCUUGUAGUCCUGACAGCAAUUCUACUCUUACCCACUACCACAAUAUUACAGCAGAGUAUAUUUUCUCAAUAUACUGUUGACAACACAUGCCAAACAGUAUUUCCACUGCAUUGCACAAAAUACUUCUAUAUUACUAUUGCACUAUAAAGAUUUUUUUUUUUUUUUUUUUUUUGCUUCAGGGCACUAACACUGAGUCACAAGUUGAAAAAUUUGUCCUUGAGCUAGGCUAUUCCCAGUUUUAUUGUUUCAAGAUAUUCUGCACAUUUCUCUGAAGCAUGUGAAGACAGAACCUGUCUGAAAAAGCACAGAGAUGUAUCCAGACCUUGAGUUUGCUCCUGAAUGGAUCAUUUUAAUUCUAUGACAUCAUAACAGUCUGUUUUUAUGUCCCUAUAUAGCAUCUCCAGAUCAUGUGACAGGUGAAAAGGGACCAUUUGAUUUGAAGGCUGAACAGCGUUUGCAUGGGAUUUUUAAAUUUUCUUGAAGCACAGGCUGUUGUCCUUCUGAAUUAAAGGAACUAGUCUGAUAAGAAGCAAAUCACCUGGACAAACAGAGGAUUUUUAACAUCUCAGGAUGGGCAGUGGAGCCAGUUCUGAGAGCAAGGAGUCGGCCAGAAGAUCCAGAGAACUGGAAAAGAAACUCCAGGCAGAUGCAGAGAGGGAAGCCAGGACAGUCAAACUGCUACUGUUGGGUGCUGGAGAGUCGGGAAAGAGCACUAUUGUGAAGCAAAUGAAGAUCAUCCAUAAAGAUGGUUUCACCUACCAGGAACGCAUGGAGUUCAGAUCUAUCAUUUACAGUAACGCAGUACAGUCUAUUCUGUCUAUCGUGAAAGCAAUGACUAAGUUAGGAAUCAGUUACGAAAACCCAGCUAGAAUUGAAGAUGAAACGAAACUGUGUGCGAUGGCAACAACUCUGGAGGAUGGUGACAUGUCUUCUGAAUUGGUUGAACUCAUCAAACAACUGUGGAGCGAUGGUGGGGUCCAGGCCUGCUUCGCAAGAGCAGCGGAGUACCAGCUCAAUGACUCGGCAGCCUAUUACCUCAAUGAUUUGGACAGGUUAGCAAUGCCAGACUAUGUGCCUACUGAGCAAGAUGUUUUGCACUCUCGAGUGAAAACAACUGGGAUUAUCGAGACUCAGUUCUCUUUCAAGGAUUUGAACUUCAGGAUGUUCGAUGUGGGUGGACAGCGAUCAGAGAGAAAAAAGUGGAUUCAUUGCUUCGAGGGAGUUACUUGCAUCAUAUUCUGUGCUGCACUCAGUGCCUAUGACAUGGUUCUGGUGGAAGAUAAAGAAGUGAACAGAAUGCAUGAAAGCCUUCAGCUGUUCAACAGCAUCUGCAACCACAAGUGCUUUGCAGCCACUUCCAUUGUGCUGUUUCUAAACAAAAAAGACCUCUUUCAAGAGAAAAUAACAAAAGUUCAUCUGAAUAUCUGCUUUCCUGAGUAUAAUGGACUAAAUACAUUUGAAGAUGCUGGAAAUUACAUCAAGAAACAAUUCCUAGACUUGAACAUAAGGAAAGAAGAUAAAGAGAUAUAUUCUCACCUGACAUGUGCCACGGACACCCAGAAUGUCAAAUUUGUAUUUGAUGCAGUCACAGACAUAAUAAUCAAGGAAAAUCUGAAAGACUGUGGGCUUUUCUAGACAUUCAUUCCCUUGCUCACAGCUUGACUUCAUCUCAGCCCACUUUCCUCUCUUCAUCCUGUGUGCUGACUGAAAUAAAAAGCUCUAGGGAAGAAACAAUAUCAAUUAGGCUUUUGUUAGGUGUCAGUUGAAGCCUUGGGUAUAGCCUGAGCAUUGCAGUCCAAUGCUAACUUUCUGUAUGUCAUAAGAAGAUUGAAAAAAAUGUUCCUCCUCCACAGAGAUGCCAGCCACUGAUAAAUUCUACUGGAAUCAAAGGGAAAUUCCUAUUUUAAUCAGUAUGAUUUGAAGAUAAUCAGCACUUCUCAGGAAACUGGGGACACCUCAGUAUCCUGUGUUUUCUAGUGAUGGGAGAAAAAAGAUAAUGUGUAACAGAUAACUGACUUUUAUUUAUAUUUGAAGCCUUAAGAAAGCUAUAGCAUUAAACAGUAUCAAUAGAAAAUUUCCAUUCAGUACUCUUUUGUUU